GUAUUUACUGAUGCAUCGACGUUGCUAGAUGAUCAUAAGCCAUUUGCUUUUUUGAAUUUACCUGAGGAAAAGGAUAGUUCCAAUCCUUUUAAAGGAUAUUAUUUAUUUAUUAAAAGACAUUCACCACCUAAAACAUUAUCCAGGGAAAUUAAAAAGGAAAAAACAUUCAAGUUUAUCUCAUUGGUAAGCUCGUUUAAUAAUGAUAAUCUUUCUGUAUCAGAUUUUUUAUAUGAAUUUUCUUAGAUUUUCAACAAAAAACAAAGAAACCAAAAUUUCAUAACUUUGCAAAAUAUUUUCAAAGAUUAUUUAAUAUUUAUAAAUCGCCUUUUUAACGCCUCGCAUAACUUUUAACGGAAAAGUUAUUAUGGAAAAGAAAACUAGUACUGAAGAUGGAAAUUCAGAAGAGGAAAGUAACUAUGUAGUAGAUGAAAAGAAAUUAAAACGGAUAAAAAAUCCACGGCAUUGGCCCUUAUAUCGAUACUCCAUCCAGCUCGAUGGGGAUUUAACUGAAUCAGGAAUUGGAUGCUAUAUCAGAGCUAUGAGAAAUGAUUUAGCCAAGCAUGAAUUAAAGUGUACUCUUAUUGAAAAUCUAUCCGAAACUUUGGCAGAAAAUCCGUUCAACGAUAAUGCUGAUGUUAUUAGUAACCUUAUCAGCAUAGAAAACAAGAGAGACAACAAUUUAGAUUUUGAGCUUCCUAUUGUUAUAUCAUUUCCACAUCAACGAUAUCGUAAAAAAUCCUCCAGAGAGAUUGUUCUUAGAGUGCUAGCCAAUGGUGAAUGGAAGGAUUAUUAUCCAUUGAAAGAUUCAAAAUUACUCGAUUUUCUUGAAUCUAAUUCGGGACAAAUUCCACUCUUCCAUUGUCGUAUGAAAACUCUUAUGAAAUCUGUAAAAUUAUGCGUAGUAAACAAAUCAAGAGUAGAGAGUGCGUUUGUCAAAGGCAACAAAGCGUUAGCUUUAGUUUCUUAUCUCGACAAUAGAAUUACCUUGAAAAUACCAAAAGAUGCCUGUGAAGAAAAAAUUGAAAAGGUGGAAAUGCAACCUUUACCAAACAAUCCACAAAUGAUAAACCAAAUAAAAAAAUAUUUUAAAUCGUCUGAAAGUCUUUGUCAUACAUCAUCUUUGAUCAAUCUUAAUUUACCGUCAACUAUAAAGCUACCGAUGAUCUUAAGUAUGCCUUUACCCGGAACAUUUCAAUCGAAGAAGCUAAAAUCGAAUAACAUUCGCGUGGAUAAUAGAAUAAGUAAAAAUCUAUCAAUAGUAACUAAGACUAGUAAAAACAAUUAUCAUUUAAGAGAUGACAUAAGAUAUGAAAUUAAUAACGAUAUUGUGACUUUUCCCAUUGAACAUAAUAUAAAGAAGAUCUUCCUCUUUGAAACAUUAAAUGGAACGUCUAACACUGAUAUUGGAAAUGUUGCGAGAAAUUUAGAACUCUUCAAUACAAGAAGAAAAUUGGCUAACAUAUUAAUAAGGCAACAUGAAGAUGAUCCAGAAGAUAUCGCUAUUGUUUGCUGUAAUUUAAAGGAGACAGAUAACGAAAUAGUGAAAAUGGAAGAAAGGGGAUAUACUAUUAGCUUUCACGAGCCUUCGACCAUUGAGGUUUGUCUAAAGGAAGGACAAAGAUUACAGUUAAAGUCUAAAGGGAACGUUCGAUUAGUUGAAGAAAUCCAACCUUUUAGAUUUCUUCAAUCGAAGACUAUGCGCAUGGAAGGUCAAUUAAAAGUUGAUGAAAAGUAUGCACAAAGAGGUCGACCAAACUACUAUGGAACAAUUGAAUUGCUAAGCGAAAAUCAAUCGCAUUGCGACGUUAAAGUUGAACUUCCCAAACAUAAUAUCAGAACCGUUCCUUGCCAUAAAGUAGAUUUUCAAAUAAGGCAAAAAGGCUUUCUUACGUCAGAGUAUUUGAGACAAAUUUCUGACGAAACAGCUUUGAAAUGGAGAUCAAUUGCUACCAGUUUAAAUUUAUCAGAUGCUCGAAUCAACGCCAUAAACUUAGAACAUUGUACACAUCGGGAAAAGAGUUUUAAAGCUCUUCAACAGUGGUUUAAACAGACUACUCUUCUACAAUCCGGCUGUAAACAAUUGUACGAGGCCUUGCAAGAUAACGGCUACAUUCUGUUGGCAGAACAACUAUCAGAGAAUUUUCAGACGUACAAAGAAGACGAUAGGCGUGCGCGUGAACGUUCCCUAUUACAAAAGGCAGUUCAUUGUAUAACCUUUGACAGCUCUGUUCAGUCCAAUUGGGAGAAAAUUGUUGAACAAUUACAAUUAACUUCUGAUUUUGAAGAUAAGCUAAAGCAAACGAAAUCGGUUCCUCAAAGGCUGAGGCAAGCUUUCGAAAAAUGGAUGGAAAUGCAUGGAGGUAGUAUUGAAGUAUUGUCAUACCUUCUGAAAGAUAAUCAUCUAAUAAACGCCAAUCGAAUAGUUGAAAAUCUAAUACGCGAAAACCUAAAGCACCUAGAACAGUUUCCAUAG